CCUCCGGGAGGGGCGGUCCCCGGCUCUUCUCUAGACCUUGAGCUGCGGGAAGAGAUAGGCAGGACAUUGAACCUGUGCUCCUGAGUGGAAAGAAGGCAUUCCUGCAAGGGCGAAGGCACAGCGCGUCAGAACCCCCAGGACUGUUCGUGCUGGUGCCCUGUGAACUCUCGUGAUUGUUAGCCAACAGCCACUGUGUUUGAGCAACCUUGCUGAGAAGGAAGAAAAUGGCUUGUGUUGAGUUUUCUUUUCAUGUGCCAAGUCUGGAGGAGCUUGCUGAAGUUUUGCAGAAGGGGCUGAAGGACAACUUUGCUGAUGUCCAGGUUUCCGUGGUUGACUGCCCAGAUUUAACAAAGGAGCCAUUUACCUUUCCUGUAAAAGGCAUCUGUGGGCAAACUAGAAUUGCAGAAGUAGGAGGUGUGCCUUACUUAAUGCCUCUUGUAAACAAAAAAAAAGUUUAUGAUCUAAAUGAGAUUGCAAAGGAAAUAAAAUUGCCUGGAGCUUUUAUCCUUGGAGCAGGGGCAGGUCCAUUUCAGACACUUGGGUUCAAUUCUGAGUUCAUGCCAGUUGUUCAGACAGCAAGUGAACACAACCGUCCUGUGAACGGAAGUUACUUUGCCCAAAUUAACCCUACAGAUGGGAAGUGCCUGCUGGAGAAAUACAGCCAAAAAUACCAUGACUUUGGAUGCGCACUGCUGGCUAAUCUUUUUGCCAGUGAGGGCCAACCUGGCAAGGUCAUCAAGGUACAAGCCAAGAGAAGAACAGGACAACUCAACUUCGUGACUUGCAUGAGGCAGACUCUGGAAAAGCACUAUGGAGACAAGGCUGUGGGGAUGGGAGGCACCUUCGUCGUGCAGAAGGGGAAAGUCAAGGCCCACAUCAUGCCAGCAGAGUUUUCUUCUUGCCCAUUGACCUCAGACGAAGCAGUCAGUAAGUGGCUGCAUUUCUUUGAGAUGACGGCUCCUUUGGUCUGUCUGCCAGUUUUUGUGUCCAAAGACCCGGGGCUCGAUUUGAGGCUGGAGCACACUCAUUUCUUCAGUCAUCACGGAGAAGGUGGACAUUACCACUAUGAUACUACCCCAGACACAGUGGAGUAUCUUGGCUACUUCUCGCCUGCACAAUUCCUCUAUCGCAUUGAUCAGCCCAAAGAGACCCAUGCAUUUGGGAGAGAUUAAAGCAGUUGAUGCUUGCUUAGAAGAAAUGAUUAGCUAAGGUUAAAUCACUAACUCGGGAGCUGAUACUAAUUCGAAAAUCCACUAGAGGCUCUGAAGAGAGUGCUUCCAUAGCAAGCAAAUCCCCAGCUUAAUCUCCAGCACAGAAGAAAAACAGUAAGAGUCAUUUCAUUACAUAAACACUAUUUUUAUGGCAUUUGAAAUGCAAGGAUAUGGAUACAUGAUACCCAUAUUAUUUUGCAUCUUUCUUGUGAAGGAGAUUCCUUCUCCUUAAACCUUAUGCCAAGGACCCCAACAUAGAUUUAGCAGGAUGGUGGAGGAUGGAUGGGAAUCCAGAGACCUGUUUGUUCCUCUUCCCAAUGUGACUACAUUUCAAAAGAAUGAUACAUUACUGUGUGAUGGUGGUUAAUGUGUGGUGAUGAUGAUUGGAAAAAUUCUUGCUGCUCUGUGUUACAGAACCUGGGAUCAUUAGCCAGAAAUCAACUCUCCAACCUUGAUAAUGUCAACAAGGUGUGGGUCUAAGAACUCCUUAGAAAUAAGAUACAAAUAAGUGUUCUGAUUCUCUAUUUUGUAGUGCACAUGACUUGUGAGUAUGAAUCCCCAAAUUAUUUUUAAAUAAACACGAUUUUGAGGCAGAACUGAAUAAAGUCAUGUUUAAUAUUG